AACAUAAUGCACUUAUCCGUCCGCUUCGUUUUCUAGGAUUCCCCGACGGCUCCCCAACCCCGCCGUUCCCAGCCCAGGCCGCCGUUCAAUUCCAGUCCCGCACCAAUUUAGGUCGGAGAUGGAGAAGAAGAGAUUCUUGUACAGUCAGAGAUCACAGAGCGGGAACAGUAGUAGUCCAUCAAGAAGCAGGCUGUUGCCGUCUGGUUAUUUCAGCUUGGAGUCUCUGUUUCUGUUAAUUGGACUGACGGCGUCUUUGCUCAUACUGCCUCUCAUCCUUCCGCCGUUGCCGCCGCCGCCGUUUCUGCUGCUUCUGAUUCCGAUAGGGAUCUUGGUUCUGCUCAUGUUCUUGGCUUUGACGCCUAAUGCUAGGGAUAUGACCACUUAUACAUCUCUGUAAAUUUUCCUCACUUGUUCCCUGGCCGAUGGGAUUAAUUUCCCAAAAAAGCUUCGUCGUUCCCAGGCCGCCGUUCCCUGGCCGAUGGGAUUAAUUUCCCAAAAAAGGUUCUGCUUGUGGGAAUGAAUUCCCCAAACAAGC